CGAAGAAGUCCAGAAAGGGGACACGGGGCGCUACAGCUGCAGAGCCAUGAACCUUGUGGGAGAAGCCUGGUGCGAAGGGAUAGAGAUGGAAGUUUAUGACCUCAAUAUUGUUGGGAUCGUGAUCGGAGUAUUGGUGGUGCUGGCUGUUCUGUCCCUGACUACUGUGGGGAUCUGCUGUGCCUACAGAAACGGUUUCUUUGUCCACAACAAACAAAACGGAAACAGCUACAAGACUCCAACAAAGCCAGAUGGCGUGAACUAUAUUCACACAGAUGAGGAGGGCGAUUUUAGACACAAGUCCUCCUUUGUGAUAUGAAAAACAGCAGAGACACUUGGAUUUGGCCCGGCGGCGAGAGCAGAGGGCAGGAAAAAAAACCUUCCCCUCCAAGGGGCCGAUGUGUGUGUGAACGUGUCCCUUUUUUUUUUUUACUCCUUUCUAAACCAUUUACAGGCACCCGGGCGCAGUGGCCCGUGGUUGGUUUUUCUUUCUUUUUAAAAACAAACAAACAAACUCUUUUUUUUGUGUGUGUGUUGUUGCCAAAGUCAAACCCCGGUUUUUUUAACUGCCAAACUGCCGCCUUCCACUCCAGAAGCGACCGAUGCCAACACCACAAGCCUCUCGCUCUCUCUCUCUGUGUCUCUGGGGGGGCAAGGAGAGCAUCUCUUCAAUCUUUGGCAGGAGAAAAAAAUGCUUCGAUUAAAAUCUCCGGGGAAAUCCCUCGCAGGACGCGAUCAAGGUUGCAGAGCUGUCUCUUCUACUAACCGUAUUACGCCAACGUAGCGUCACAAGCAAACUUUUACACCCGUCUAAUCACUCUCGGCUCCUUUAGGCAGACUUUGAUCCCCUUUGGAAGGCCUGGUUCCACGUGCCGAGUAUCUCUUCGGGUUGCUAAGCAACAACAGACAACAACAACGUACAACAAUAACAACAACAACGCAACAGAAAGCCAAACUUUCAGACUUUUCGAUCUGGUUCCCGGGACCGAAUUUUUUCUUCUUCUUCUUUCGUUUGUUGAAUUCUGCAGUCUAAUUAUUUUUCUCUCCAUUUUUUU